AUGGGUCUCGGCGUUCUCGAGUCCAAGGACCUGGAUCAUGUCCCAGGCACGACGCGUUACUUUGACGAACCUGAACAGGUGCAAACCACGACCGACAAUUAUCAUGGAUUGAAAGUCGACGACAGCAGUGGAACGCCCAUUAUACUUAGCCCUCUCCAGAUUCCCCAACCCUCCGACGAUCCGAACGACCCCCUCAAUUGGCCACUUUGGAAGCGCGACCUAAUCACCUUUGUCCUCAGUAUUACUGCCAUCUUUGCGACUGCCCUCGGCCCUAUUCUUGCUGCUAAUACGGUCACGAUCGCUCUUCUUUUCCGAAAGAGCUUCACGGACAUCGCACUCUUGACGGGCUAUUUCUUGCUCGGAGUUGGCGCCGCUGCUAUCUUCUUCGUGCCAUCUGGACGUGUCUGGGGCAAGCGUCACCUCUUUAUCUUGGGAAUAUGCAUACUCAUCGGCUCUUCCGCCUGGGCCGGUGCCGUCGGCACUAACUACAAAUCGCUUAUCGGCGCCCGAGUCAUUCAGGGCAUCGGUUGCGCUCCCUUCGAGACUCUUGUCAACGCCGCCGUUGGUGACCUGUACUACGUCCACCAGCGUGGCUCGCGCAUGGCCUUCACAAAUCUGGCUGUGUUCGGCGGUGCCUUCUUCACCCCGAUCGUUGUUGGCAAGAUCACUCAUAGCAUCGGCUGGUGGUGGACUUUCUACCUGGAGGCCAUUUUCCUUGCCGUAUCGCUGCCGGCUGUUUUCUUCCUCUGCCCUGAGACAGCAUAUCGCCGCGAUGCCGCUCUCAACACCGACAUGGCUGCCAAUCCUGCUGACCAGAACAACAAAAUAUUAGCCAUCAACGACGGCCGUGGCAGCUUCCCGGGCGAUCAAGAAAAGAACUCUGCCGAAGCGACGUCGCGUGCCCCUGCUGCCGCAGCUGGCCAUGGAGCCAAUACUCCCAAGAAGACCUUCGUCCAGUCACUUAAUCUCUUUGACGGCAACAAGACGGAUGAAAGCUACUGGAAGCUUCUUCUACGCCCAUUCCCGCUCUUCGUUCAGCCAGCAUUUCUUUGGGGCUGCCUCAUCCAAGGUACCAUGAUUGGUUGGACAGUUUUCAUCGGUGUCAUCGUUGCCGCCAUCUUUUUGGGACCUCCGUACUACUGGAACGAGGUGUAUGCGGGAUACGCUUACGUUGGCGCCUUUGUCGGAGCUCUUAUCGGAUUCAUCAUCGCCGGUGUCUUUUCUGACUGGAGUGUUCAUGUCAUGACCCGUCGCAAUGGCGGUGUCUACGAACCCGAGUUCCGCAUCGUCAUGGUGAUUCCCAUGUUCAUCAUCGGCUCCAUCGGUCUGUAUGGCUUCGGCAUCACCGCCGCCGGCCUCCUGAGCAAGGAGUAUCAUUAUAUUGUUCCCCUUGUUUUCUUCGGCUUUGAGGUCGCUGGUAUGGUCAUUGGCGCCGUAGCGAGUUCACUGUAUAUCGUGGAUGCGUACCGCGACCUUGCCAUUGAAGGCUUUACCUGCAUGAUCAUCUUCAAGAACAUGUUCAGUUUUGGCCUGACCUACGGUGCAUAUGACUGGGUCAUUGACGGUGGUAUCAAGACCACUAUGAUUGCCAUCGCUAGCAUCCAAGUUGUGGUCUGCGCUCUCAGCAUUCCUAUGUACAUUUAUGGGAAGCGCGUGCGAGCGUAUUUUCACAAGCACGAUCUGCUCGAACUGACAGGUCUGCGCUAA